AACACCGCCACAGACGAGCCGGAAACCGAGAGAGGUGCGGACGACCACCAGCCCUCUGGACAGGAAGUCCUGCCUCUGAGGCUGCCACCUCGCUCCCUACCGCCGGGAAGUGCAUCCCCGUCCAAAGCACCCGCUCCUCUCGGCAGGACGCAGCCUCUCAUCAGCCAGCACGUGAAUUUUGCUGUCCAAGAUACGGACCCACCUCACCUAGAGUCCUAUCCCACUGACCAGAAGUCUGAGCCUGCAGCCCUGGACUGCAGCUCCACCAGCCCCAGCUAUUCCUACAAAGGACUGGACUCUCUCUACCAAGAACUGGACCUGGACUUCCUGAAUGAAGAUUCUUCCCUGUCCCUCCCAGAUGCCACUACCGAGACCUCUGCGCCCACCUAUGGAUCUCAUUCAGCUUCAAAACCGGAUCAUGAGGCUGAGCAAAGGGAACUCAAAUCUGAGCUCACUGACUUGGAGGAAGAGCUCUCAACCUUAGGUGAGGUGCUGGCAGCCCAAGAGAAGCCGUGUAGCGAACUCGGGAGGAAGCUAGGCUGCGUGGCCUUGGUGGAACCGAGGCAGAAGAUUUCCAAGAGCCGGCAUAAUGUUCACGCCUCCAACUCCUGCAUGAAGCGGAAGACUUGAGCGGCCCUGUCCUGGGUGGGCUCUGCCACCGGGAAGUUUGAAGACAUGAAGAAGCCAUCCACCUUCAGAUCUCUUGAAGGGCAUGGGACAGUCAAGGCUAGAGUUGCAGGUGGCAGAGAGCUUGGCAGUGGUCUCCUUUCGUCACCAGCGAGUGGCAGCGAUCCACAGUCGAUUCCGGGGAGUGGACGUGGAACCGUUCCAGAACCUGGAGAUCAACUGCUUUCCUCUGCUCUGAAGCCACAGUAAGCUGUUUGUGCUCGCCCUGCUUGGCUGCCAAACCGGUACAAAAUCUCUCUUCCCUCAUCUCACUUGCCAAACAAAACCCCGCAAACAGCCAACAAUGGGAAAGUUAUUAUAAUUCUGGAUGCGGACACAGGUCCAGGUUUGAUAACGGGAAUACCCGUUUCUGCAGAGACAUUUUCUGUUCUUAAGUAAGAGAGAAGCUCGAGUUUUAUACUAGUUAUUAACACUAAAGUUUGUAGAUGAAACGCGUCUCUUUGUUAGCUUUUCUGAGGUGACUUUUCAUGGACACAGUAAAUGGCUCCACAAGGGGGCUUAGACCAGAUGCCAAACUCUUUGGAAGAUUAAUCGAUUAGAAGGCCAAAGACAUUUUUCUCUGGCACUGGAGAAAGGUGUGAAACAGCCCGCCUGUGUGUUCUCCCCACUGCUUACGAGCGCCACCUGACCUACAACCUUGAUUUUAUUGCAGGCUUGGCAGUGCGGCCCAGUGCCUCGCACAUGCUGCGCAGAUUCUCUACUCCCGAGCUACAUCUCUGACCUCACAGUUGUUUAUUUUUAAAACACAAUCAAGAAAACUGUCCAUCUUAAGGCUGCCAGAAAAGAGAAAAAAAUAUAUUAGCCACUGAUUGUUAUUCUAAAAAUAAUACAUUUUAUAAAACUUUGAUCUUUCAAAGUGGCCAAUUCAGGAAAUCAACUUAGCUUUAAUUCAGGAGAUUACUGUUUUGGACUCAAAGUGAAAAUAUGAAUUUACAUUGCCUAUACUUUUGCUCUCUUUGUAUAUUAAAGCUGGGCUUCAAAGCUUAACCCAUGUGGCCGCAUCCUAUUCUGCUACAAUUGCCAAUUAGAAAUCACCUUCAUCUAAGGGACGGAGGGACACAAAGUAGCCAGAUUUAAGAAGGAUAAAGCUCACCCCACCUGCCUCCUAAACAUGCCGGAAAGAAUACCAAACCCUGUAUUGCUGCUGUUAAGCCUUGGAGCUAGCCUAACUUAACGUAUAUUACUAUUCUGCUUGACUCUAAACCUGCCCCUGUUUUGAACCUCAACAUGGGAGAAAGAAGAACCCUACACACACAC